ACCACGGCUUUCCUCCUCCUUCAGGCUUGCCGAAUCAAAGAUGACAUCGUCUCCUACCUCCAGGGAAGCAAAGGUUAUCAGCAUGGGGCAACCGCUGCCCGGCAGCUGCUGGAAAACCACAUCCAGACCAUUACGAGCAUCGUUAAAAAGCUCAGCCAGGACAUUGAGGUUUUGGAGAGGCAAAUAAGAGCAAGGGAUGGUGCCGCCGUCGAAACUAAUUUUGCCGUUCAAAGUCUGGACCAUAAAUACAUCCAGGGUCUUGGAGACCUGCGUGGAAGAGUGGCAAGAUGCGAGGCAAGCAUUGCAAAGCUGUCGGGAGACAUCAGUAUUAUCAGGCGUGAGGCCCAGAAGACUGAUAAAGAGAUUUAUGGCCUUCACUCUGCCCUCAAAAACUGUGUUGGUGAUUUUGAGAAGAAGGUAAUGCAGCUAUUAGGCAAGAUAGAGACUUCCAACUCUGAUCAAAGCUCCAAUUUAAAGGCAGUCCAGGGAGAUCAACAACACGAAUUGCAACUUCUGGAUUUCAAGUUGACAAGUAUUCUAAGUGACUUCAGGGAUCAGAUACAGACUCAUCGGAAGUGGACAGAAGCGCAGCUGACACGAUCUGAAGAAGAUCAAGCCCAGCACAGGCAUCAGCUGCUUAACUCGGUGACGGAGAGACUGGAAAGAGCAGAAAAAAAAGUGGAAGAAAAGCUCCUACUUCUGUCACUAAAGCUAGAACAAAUGGAUAAACCACAGAAAUACGAAAAGCAGUUGAACCAGAUGAAAAGAGAUGAAAAAAACCUACAUGCAAGAAUCACCAGAUUUGAAAGACAGAUCUGGAAGGAGCUUGAGGAUAUCCAAAAUGAGUACAGAUCAGGAUUUCAGUCCAUUCAUGAGUCUCUGGAGCUGCUCAAACAAAUACAGAACACAAAGCUGAAACUUGAAAAAAAGAAAAUUCAGAAAGACAUGAAAAAGAUGCAAUGAAAGCGACUUCCCAGAAGACUGAACACCAAGAGCAAGCCUUGUCCGCUCUUGCAGGUGCUCUCUCCAGUGAGAAGCAGCAUUGAGUUAAAGAAAGAAGUAGCCUUUAGACACACCUGAUUUUGUUCUCCCCAUCCCUGUAGGAUGUUACUGCUAGUUAUGAUGUUGUGCAGCCACAAAAAUAACAACUCUGUAACACCAACAGUCAUUUGCACACCAAUAUUACAAUAGAGUACUUCACUGUAGAAGAAAAGUUAAAGUUUAAGGAUUGACUUAAAAUUUUACAAGCAGAUUUUAUACAAAAGUAUUCAUGGUAUUUAAAGGACUUUAAGAAAACAAGUACUGUUUUUAAGCCCAGUCUUGCCGUAAGCUACACCUGUUUUAGAUUGGUGUAACUAUUGAAAUCAGGUCUAGUAAAUUCCUCCAGCUGCACACAAUGUGUAUGUAGUAAUAACAUUAUGAAAACUGGUUAUCAGAAUAUCUACUGAUGCAUGAUUUGGACCUAUUAUAAUAAGUUACCGGAUCAUUAAAAGUAGCUAAUAAAUGGGGUACAGGUGACAAAAUGCAAGUUAAUUACUAGCAGAUGCAUUAUUAAGAAGCUUUAUUUCUCAUCUUCUCUGUUUGACUGAAUAAAAGUUAGUGGUGGUUUGCAGUAGAACGCUCAAAAAUGUAACCGACAUUGUAGGUUUUGUUUUGCUUCAAAAAACAGGAAAAACAAUCUGGAAAUAAGGAGAAAAACUCUGGGAGCAGGGCAAAAGAAACAUACCAGUGUAAUUUCCCAACAGAAGCUAAUAAGAGUUCCUUAGCAGGGGGGUCAAAAAAGGUCACAAUGCAAUUGCAAUAGAAACCUGAAUUUCUACAGUACAUUUGUUUCCAGAAAGCCCAAUACUGUCCAUUGCCCAGAGAAGAAAAUUCAGAAGGGCUCAGAUAAUGCUCCUCCAAUAAUCCAUAUCUCAAGCCUGUUGUGGUUUUUGCUCUACAGAACAGUGGGUUUCUCAAAGCCAUGGAUUUCAGGUGGCUUCUGUGAGAAGCCAGACCCGCACAGCAUGACAGCUGAAACGGAAUCCAUGCAGUCAGUAGGGAACGCCGCUUCAGCAAUUAAUCACCUUGCUCCUGCAGGCAGAAACUUCGGUACGUUUAAACUUUCUCCAGUGAGUAAAAAGUCCUAGAAACCACUCACAUCUUGCAAAAGACAAAGACCAGCCACCAAAGUCGCAGACGACCUUUCUGCAUUUUGUUUGUGGCCAGGUCCGCGGGAAGGACUCCCAGCCUCACGCCCGCUUUCAGGUCAGGUCUGCUUGUCACGUUUCCUGCAAGCAGCAGGAAACCAGCAACACCGGAAUCGCAAUGACGCGCGGCAGUUUCUGAGCCACUCUGAAUCCACAUUUUGGUCUCACUGUAUGUUCUGUCCAUUACAGGGGGCUCUGCCUUCACUGUAGACAAAGUCCAUUAGUGCAGUCAUAGCAAGACAUUUGGGGUUGAGGGCAGCCCCCCAGACUCUCUUCCUCUAGCUCCUUCUAGGCAUUCUUGCAAUUUUUUGCCCAUGUACUUGGCUGCUGGUGAAGCAGCAGUUAGUAUGGCUUGGUGUAUCUGCCUCCCCACCGAGUACCCUGGAUGCCGCGGUUCUCAGUAUACUGAACAACAGCAAAAAGGUGAAAUACAAGA